CUGUCGCUAUUGUUAAAGAUCAAAGAGCACAUCCUAUAAAAAAGACUUCCUUCAUCAUGAACCAGACCCCGGAGUUUUCAGUAGCAUCACAUAACUCAAAACUUAGACGCAUACAAGUUAGAAAUGCAAGAAUGUUGAACACUGACCAGAAUGUUACUACGGCUCCUCAG